CCCUGCAGAUCUUCCCGGUUGUUCCUAACAGGCUGGUGUUAGGACCCAGGAAGACGCAGCAGCGACAGGCCGGGUGUGAACGGAGAGCCCGAAGUUUGAGGAGAGCCUCUGACAUCACUCACUGCUCUCCACCCGCAGGGGGCAGGGGACGCGGUGCGUGCUCAGCCGGAGCCAGGGCCAGCCCAGGGCGGGCAGGAGCUCCGGGGCGCACGGCUGCGCGCGGCGUCUUCUCUCCCGCACUGCAAGCACAAGAGGAAAGUCCGGUCGCAGACCUGGACAGGGGCCAAGGAAGCUCUUGAAAUACGCGGCAGAGGCUGACGGCCGGGGCUGCCUGCUGGCUCGGGACAGCCUGCCCGGGGCUGCGAGCCGACUGGGGUUUCUCCUCCCUGCAUCGCGUUCCGCGGGGGCCCUGCCAGCUGCCAUGUGUUUAUCGAUCACUGAGGAAUUCCAAGUUUGCAGACCAGGAAGGAACACCCAUUAGCACUCUCGGCAGCUGCAACGCACACACUGAGGAAGACUCCGACCCUGCUGCUUCUGAACCCGUGAGAAGGCGCCUUUCCCAGGGAAGUGAAAGCUGAAGGGGCCGCUCCCGGAUCUCAGGGACACCCCCAGGCGCCCGGAACUCAGGGACGCCCCCAGGCCCCCGGAGCCGCCCGGAACUCAGGGACGCCCCCAGGCCCCCGGAGCCGAGGGAACCAUGAGGAGGCUGCUGUCUCUGGGCUGCUGGCUGCUGCCGCUCUGCUGCAACCUCCAGGUGCAUGGCGCCGACUCCAGGAUCCAGGACCAUCCAGGGUUUGAGGUCUUGGCGUCUGCGUCUCAUUACUGGCCACUGGAGAGCGUGGAUGGGAUCCAUGAACUUCAGGACACGGCUGGAGCGUUGCGAACCCACAACCACACUGUGCUUGCUUCCCAUAACUCUACCCUUGUCUACACCAGUGAGUCUGCCUACUCAAAUUUCUCUGCGACCGUAGACAUCGUGGAAGGAAAGGUCAACAAAGGCAUUUACCUCAAAGAGGAGAAAGGCGUGACGCUGCUCUACUACGGCAGGUACAAGACUUCGUGCCUGAGCGACCCGGCGCAGUGUGGCCCUGACGGGGUCACCUUCUCCUUCUUCUGGAAGACGCGAGGAGAGCAGUCCAGACCCGCGCCGCCCGCCUACGGGGGACAGGUCGUGUCUGAUGGCUUCAGGGUCUGCUCCAGCGGCGGCAAAGGCUCCGUGGAGUUGUACACGCGUGAGAACUCCAUGACGUGGGAGGCUACCUUCAGCCCACCAGGGCCCUACUGGACUCACAUCCUGUUCACGUGGAAGUCCAAGGAGGGUCUGAAAGUGUACGUCAACGGGACCCUGAGUACCUCGGAUCCAAGCGGAAAAGUGUCCUAUGCCUACGGGGAGCCCAGCGUCAACCUCGUGAUCGGGUCCGAGCAGGACCAGACCAAGCGUUACGAGAACGGCGCUUUCGACGAGUUCAUCAUCUGGGAACGGGCCCUGACUCCGCACGAGGUCGCCAUGUACUUCACAGCCGCCAUUGGAGAGCAUGUUUUGCCGUCUUCAACCCUGCCCAGCUACUUCACGACUCCCGCGGCAAACGCCAUGGUGCCCACCGAUGCCUACCUGCCUGUCAUAACCAACCUGACGGAGGAGAGGAAGUGCUUCCAGCACCCUGCUGUGGUCCUGCCCUACCUGCAGAACGUGUCCCUCAGCCUGCCCCACCAGGCCCUGUCGGAGGAGACGGCCCUGAACCUCACCCAGACCUUCCUGAAAGCCGUGGACCAGGUUCUUGGACUGCCCAGCUGGACCGCGGUGUCAGAGAGCAACACCGUGGUGCUGGGCUUGAUGAAUACCAUCAACACCGUCCUGGACCACAUCUCCUCCAACCUGCCGGUCAGCGAGUCCCAGGUCACCAUCGCCGGCUCGUCCCCGGUGGCAGACUUCUCCGUGGCUAAAGUCCUGCCCAGGACCAUGAACAUCUCCCACUACCGCUUCCCCGCGCAAGGACUGAGCUACAUCGAAAUCCCCCACGAGGCCCUGCACAGCCAAGCCUGGACCACCAUCGUGGGCCUGCUGUACCACACCAUGCACCACUACCUGAACGACAUCCCUCCGGCCAGCACCAGGAUCUCCGAGGCCGUGGUGUACAGAGACUGCUUGCUGUCUGCCACCAGCUACCUCAUCUCCCUGGAGGUCUCCCCACCGCCGACUCUCGCCCAAAACCUGUCCGGCUCUCCCCUCAUCGCCAUCCACCUCAGGCACAGACUGACUCGUAAGCAGUACAGCGCGGCCACCAACGGGAGCAACCAUGUCUUCCUGUACUGCGCCUUCCUGGACUUCAGCUCCGGAGAAGGGGUCUGGUCCAACCAGGGCUGCGCCCGCACGGCGGGCAACCUCACCUACUCUGUCUGCCACUGCACGCACCUCACCAACUUCGCCAUCCUCAUGCAGGUGGUCCCGCUGCAGCUUGCGCAUGGACACCAGGUGGCGCUGUCGUCCAUCAGCUACGUGGGCUGCUCGCUGUCCGUGCUCUGCCUGGCCGCCACGCUGGUCACCUUUGCCGUGCUGUCCUCCGUCAGCACCAUCUGGAACCAGCGCUACCACAUCCACGCCAACCUGUCCUUUGCUGUCCUGGUGGCCCAGGUCCUGCUGCUCGUCAGCUUCCGCCUCGAGCCGGGCACUGGUUUCCUCUUCUGAUCUGUGUCAUCUCCGUGUCGUCUGCCAUGGACGGUUAUGGGACGAGUAACAACUGCUGGCUGUCGCUGGGGAGUGGUGCCAUCUGGGCCUUCGUGGCUCCUGCCCUGCUGGUCAUUGUGGUCAACAUCGGCAUCCUCAUCGCGGUGACCAGGGUCAUCUCGCAGAUCAGCGCCGACAACUACAAGAUACACGGAGACCCCAGUGCCUUCAAGCUGACAGCAAAAGCUGUGGCUGUGCUGAUGCCCAUCCUGGGAACCUCCUGGGUCUUCGGAGUGCUUGCUGUCAAUGACCGGGCUGUGGUCUUCCAGUACAUGUUUGCCAUACUCAAUUCCUUGCAGGGACUGUUCAUCUUCCUCUUUCACUGCCUCCUGAACUCAGAGGUGAGAGCUGCCUUCAAGCAUAAAACCAAGGUCUGGUCCCUGACAGGAAGCUCCGGCCGCAGCGGCCACGCCAAGCCCUUCAGUUCUGACAUCAUGAACGGAACCCGGCCAGGCACAGCCUCCACCAAACUCAGCCCUUGGGACAAGAGUAGCCAUUCUGCUCCCCGUGUGGACCUGUCCGCCGUGUGAUGGGAGAAGCUGCUGUCCAGGCCAGUCUGCCACCAGGAACAUGUGCCACCCUCCAAGCAUGACAAAACAAGCACCCAGCCCUCACCUGUGGGUCCCUCUCCUCACUGCUGUCUGGACAUGGGAGUCACAGCCCUCCUGCGACUGAGUCCUGUGGUCACCACAGCGGCAUGGUGCCCCGGAGGGCGUGCUUGGUGACGGCAGGGGCUCCUGGUCUGUGCACCAGCUGCCCUCUGCAGGUACCCAGGACAGGCAGUGGCUGCUGCUGCAUGUGAGCCUCCCCUCCCCACUUGGAGUGCACAGAGCACUGGGCCCAGGAAGGCUGCAGCAGCGCAAGGGGAAGUGUGUCCUCUGCUUUGACGGGGACAUGGCACCUGACAGGUGGGUCCUGUGUGGUGGCUGAGGGUCAGGUAGGGAGCGUGUCUAACCUGCUGAGUCGAUCCCAUGAGCUCCCUGAAGCCAGUACUGACCGACACAUGCUUCUUUCUGGAUGUGAUGCCAGAGGGACCCGGCUCGUGUUUAUGAGUGGUCGAUCCUGGUCCCUCUGUCCACAUGAAGGGCUUUGGGCUGUAGGUCCUGGCUGUCCCACUCUGGUUCUGUCCGCAGAGCGGAUGCCUCUGCCCUUGUCCGGAGCCUGGCAGAGUCCCAGCCUCCCAGCCUGACCGUGCCCUGCCCAGGGGAGCUUCUCAGACUGUUCUGUGCGAGUCCCUGGACCCAAGGCCAGCCUUAGAACAGCCCCUUCCCUCGCACGAGAGCCACGUUUUGCUCACGGGCCCCCAGAGCUGCCUGCCUCCUGCACUCUCCUGGGUCUGGAUCCCUCCGUUCCGGACCUGACCCCACCCGAGAUUCCUCAUCACUUAGGCUUCCCCUCCCUGCUCCUGAGCAGAGCACAGCACACUGUUCCACAUUCCUGCACCGGCAGAGCCCACCACCGCCCAGGCCGCCUGCUUUCCACGUGGCAGACCCCAGCCGAACCUGACUGCCCUCCCUGGCACAGAGCUGACCGUAGCUGGGCCUUCCACGUGGACAUUAAUUUCUGGACUUGGGCUCAGCCCUGCAGGAAAUGUAGUAACUGUGACGACUCCAUGAGCGAGAUAUCUGUGGGACCCAAGUCUGGGAUCACACAUGUGAAUCCAAACACCUGUGGGACACUUGGCACCAGGCUGUGAGAUCCUGCAGAGUGGGCACAAGCUCACUACGUGUGUGCUGAGACAGGCCUGUUUCUGAUACUGGAAAAUCUUCCUUUAACACUGUGACCAUGACAGCAUUGAUCCCUCCCUGUCCCCCACCACUGGAGCGCAUCCAUCACUUAACAGGCUUCUCUGCCAAGGGGAGCAGCCUGCCCGGGGGUGGGGGUGGGGGUGGGGGUGGGGGUGGGGCAGGCAACCUUUGUUCUUCCACAUCUGGGCGAAGUCAUCUGCCUUCCUGGCGUCCCCGUGGCCAGCUGCGGCAGACCUGGCUGACAGGCCCAGACCGCACAGUCGCCCUGUGCUUAGUGAAUCGCCUGCAGAGGCACGACCCCAGCCUCGCUGUCACUCCCGAAAUGCGACCACUGGCCACGUGGGUUAGAGCCCCGUGGUGCCACUGAGGAUGCUGUCUUCCUAAGCUUGACACUUGGGUUUUUGCUUUUUCCUUACGUGGUUUCUGGGGAAGCAUAUCCAGUAAGCAACUGUCUUCUGUUUGGGGUGGAAUUAUUCUAACUUGGCAUAGACACUAUAUAGUUUUAAUAUAUCAAGAGAAGUAACAAAAACCUGUCUAAACUUUUUAUUUCCAAUGAGUGAAAGUAGUGCACUUUAUUUAUAGGCUACAUAUUUCAGCUUCUGCUCAUACUUUAUCUACACAUAAUUUGGCCAAAGAUAUGAAAUUGGAGAGAAUCGUGUGUUCGAGGUAGUUUAUAGCACAGGAAUGAUGAUGAAUGCCACUAAGUAGUGAAAAUAUGUUGUGAUUUUUAUGAAAUAAAACCUUAAUGUCCUUAAAUAAAGUGUGCUGUGAAAUGUUGCUGGUGGAAUGUGAGGCGGACUGAGCCUUCUAACAGGGACAGAGGAAAACGGGAGGAAGAGCCCGUCGGGAUUCACUCAGCACCUCUGGCCUGUGCAUGCACUUCAGCUGGUCCUAGAGGUACACACACCAGAGCCAGCCAGCGGGCAGGGGGAUGGGGAAGGGGGGACGAAGAGAGGAACGUGUGCACCCCCCCCCCUUAAAGAUUUGAAAGGCAGAAUUAGAGACACAGAGGGACAGGUCUUCCAUCCGCUGGCUCAUUCCCCAAAUGGCCACAAUGGCUGGAGCUGGGCCGAUUUGAAGCCAGGAGCUUCUUCCAGGUCUCCCAUGCAGGUGCAGGGGCCCAAGCACUUGGGCCAUCUUUCCCAGGCCACAGCAGAGCUGGACUGGGAGCAGAGCAGCCGAGUGUCUAACUGAACGCAGCGUAGCAGGUGGCAGUGUUACCUGCUCUGCCACAGUGCUGGCCCCACAGCCCCUUUUUACCCCCACAUCUCUGCAAAGCACCCUCCUGCUGCUUUUCAUGGGCAAAGAGUGGGGCCACCAGUCUCAGGGACACUCCAUCUGCUUCAGCUUGGGGGUCUCCGCCCCGUUAGCAGACGUGACUCCCAUGGCCCUGCUUCAACCUCUACUUUUAAACUCACCAUGCUGGGGCAGGCCGUGUGGCACUGCUGCUUGGGAGUCCACAUCCCACACCGUGGUGCCUAAGACUGCGUCCUGGCACCUCUGCUGCUGACCCAGCUUCCUGCUGAUGCCCCUGGACGGUAGCACGAGAUGGCCCAAUCCUUGGGUCCCCACCACCCACACAGGAGGCCUGGAUGUAGUUCCUGGUCCCAGGCUUCAGUGGGCAUUUGGGGAGUGAACCAGUGGAUGGCAGUGUACUUGUGUGCUCUGUUGCUUUCCCUUUCAAAUAAAUAAUAAUAAAUAUAAGAAACAGAACUGCUCAUGGGCCGGCAUUGUGGCGUAGCAUGUAAGGCUGCCUCCUGCAGUACCGGCAUCCCAUAUGGACACCGUUCUAAGUCCCGGCUGCUCCACUUCUGAUCCAGCUCUCUACUGUGGUCUGGGAAAGCAGUGGAAGAUGGCCCAAGUCGUUGGGCUCCUGCACCCACUGGGAGACCCAGAAGAAUCUCCUGGCUCCCAAUCAGCACAGCCCCAGCCGUUGUGGCCAUCUGGGGAGUGAACCAGCAGAUCAAAGACUUCUCUUUCCCUCUCUUCCUCUACCUCUCCUCCCUCCAUGGAGCUCUGACUUUAAAAUAAAUCAAUCUUAAAAAAAAAGAAAGAAAUAAAACUGCUCACAUGAACCAUUUUACAUGUUACUGUAGGAGGCACUUCAAUUUGUGGAAAAAAUGUUAUUAAAAGAUGCUUAUUUGGGAGCAAAAGAUUUGGAAAUCCAACGUUUUUUCGUAAUACCCAUUUUUCAUAAAUGUUACGAAGAUUCCUUCUCUUCAUGGAUUUCAAAAAUUUUUCACCCAAAUAACCUUUUCCAUUUCCAGUAACUUUCUGAAGUACUUUUCAUAUACUUUUUUCAUAAUUGUAAGUGUAAUGUAUGGAACACAUUCAACUAUAGAUAUUUUACUGAAGACUUUGCCAUGCUAGUAUCAGCUUACGUUUCAUAAUAGUGUAUGUAUUUGUUGUAUUUUAUCUGUAUUUAUUUUACACAUACGACAGGUGGAUGGAUAGUGAUGUCCUUGCUCAUAUGGCAGCUUUUCUUGUAUUUCCCCUACACGGAUUACUUCCCGGGGUAAAACUGCGCUUCUGCAACAAAAGGAGCCAGUAUUCCUGUGGCUCUUGAGGUCUGUUGCCAAAUCGCUUGCCAAAACGGACACUGGAUCAGCUCAGUCUUCCCGGCACGGGUGGCAGCGGCAUUUCCUCUGGUUUGGCCUGUGUGACUCCCUAGUUUGCACUCACUUGGUUACUGUGAGGGUGAACAGUUCCCCACGUCUUCACUGUGGUGGCUGAAAUCCCACCCGUGCUGAGGCGACGUCUCAUCCACUGUGUUUUCUCACAGUGCUUCCAGUCUGUCUGGUCUCUCCCAUGCUGAUGUGAAUGGAUUUUGAUGAGCACUGGGACAACGUCCUAGGUGACCUGCACCAAGAUGGGGAACCAAUGGCCUCCGCUCCCAGAUUCUCAGCCCAGCCUAUGAUGACUUCGGCUACUUCCAUCUCCUCAGUGAGUGGGUCUGGGCUCUGCUCAGUCUUGGGCAUUUCUCUGUCCACUGCGUCCUGUGCCACUGGAGGAGUGGCCAUGCACUCAGGUAGCAAGCCCUGUCCUCCCCCAACACUGGGGCUGCCCCGAUCCUGCCCUCCCAUGCCCACAACCCACCCAUGUCCCAGCCUGGGGAUGAUGCCUCCUCCUUAAGGACCCCCAAGCCUGAGUGGGCGUGGAAGGGGCAGGGGUGACCUCCACGGAGCUUCCCAAGCCUCGCACACAGAGGCUUCUGCUUCCCAUGCAGACUGGACUGUAAAACUAUUUUCCCCAUGUUCAGACAGUUUGAGUGGGACAAAGAUGUGGACAGUUUGCACUGUGGCCAAUUCCUGCUUUCUUAAUCAGGUUUGGUUUGUCUUCAGCCGUCCUCUAUUUUUAGCCUUUGUCAGUGUGUGCUAGAGUUCUUCACUUCUGAAAGGCAUGUUAUUAGACACAUCUGCAAAUUGAGUCUGAGGCUUUCUGCUUUUGAUGGGGAACUGGGAUCUUUGUACUCAUGUGACAUUUAUAACUUCUGAACAUUUGCAAUCCUACUUAUGCUUUCUUUUAUGUCCUGUUACUUCUCAGUGCAGCUCUUCAAUGUUGUGGAUACAUUUUACAAAGGGACUGGCACUUACCAAAGUUACAUUUUUUCGGGGUCAGUUCUCUAUUUCCUGUUUUCAACAAAGGUUUUAUUUAGUCAGCUGUGGAUUUCAUUUUAUUGCACAGCACAUUCUACCCAUAUGGGCUCUUCUUUAUGCUUUGCCAUGUGUCCUUUUAUCUCACUGGAAAAAGCAAACAGCCGCACUGUGAAUUCUACUUCCUUCGACUGCAAGUCUUCUCCAGGAGGAACAUUUUCCUCUCUUUAUGGUGUUGCGUGUGUUGCAAAUCUUUCACAGUGCCAGAUAUAUUGGUGUCUUUUUCCUCAUUUGUGAGUUUAUUUUGGAGAUCAGGAUUAUUUUCCAAAUCCUAAAUGCUUUUCCCAUGGCUAGGGUGUGGCUCUGACCGCCAGAGAGUAAUCGUUAUUUCCAGGUUAUGGUGGACCACAAAGUGUUAAUUAAGUUCUCUACCAAGCAACAUGCAUCCAAUCAGUCUUUAGACUGCAAAAAAUGCAUCUCCCACCUCUCGUCUUCCUGAAUGUGGGCCCUGCAGCCACUAAUGAGCUCACUUGAAAAGCAUCCCACAGCUGCAGACUGACCUUGGGCAUUUUCAACGGAUGAAUAUCAAACAUGCAGUGUGCGGGAGGGAGGGCGGAGGGGCGGGCGGGCUGUGCCAGUAUUUUUGCAAGCAGAAGUUGGGACCCUCUCACAGGAGCAGUCAGAGCCAGUCUGAUAUGAAGACAGAGCUGAGGCCGGCUGCAUGCUGGUUCCAUUACUGACCUGACAGCUCGUUGUCUCUACACAGAACCCAGAAUCUGAACCCUCUGCUCAAUUCUUGUCUCAUUUUUGUAAAAUAAGCUUUCAAUUUUAGAAAACCACUUAGAAAGUACACAAAGUCUCCCUGUAACUCACUCCCAGCUUCCUCCACUCUGAGGAGUAAGGCGGUGUCCCUGAGCAAGGCUGAGCUGCUGUGUGCCAGGAUUCGUCCCUGUGGGGCCACCCUCUCCACGCCAUAUCACACUCUGCAAGGAAGCCACUAAGGAGUGGGCAGUCAGAGGGAGGAGGAGCCACCUGUUAUGACACGGGAGCAGUCGGUCCUCCCCAGAUGCAGCCACUCCCCUGCACCAGCAUGGGCUCGUGGAUGCUUGUUUGCUGGGCACCACCAAUAUAGUUUGUCACCCGUGACUCCAGCACUGGCCACUGGGAGCUUUUGUUGCCUCUGUGUCCCUUUGCCAUGCAAGGAGACUUCAACAAAUUUGUGGACAUAGAAUGAAGACCAGAAUAGGUUACAAAAACCAAACCAAACAUCUCUGAAUUACAUCUUUCCAUGAAGCUCUUAAAGCACCCCUGUUUUGUCAGCAUGUGUGUGGGUGCUCUGAGCACUUCCUUUAAUAGACACAUGUUUGGCAAAUAUUGCACCCCAGUGUGUGACUUGGCUUUUCAUUCUCUUUACAUAAUCCUUCACAGAGAAAGUUUUAUUUUGGUGAAUUUCAAUUGAUUGGUCUUAUCUUUUGUUGACUAUUACUUUUGGCAUCUUGUCCAAGGAUUCUUCAACACACCCUUGACCCAAGAUUUUCUAUGUUUUUUUUUUUAAUAAUUAUUUUAUUUAUUUGAAAGUCAGAGUUACAGAGAGAGAGAGGAGAGGCAGAGAGAGAGGUCGGUCUUCCAUUCUGUUGGUUCACUCCCCAAACGACCACAACGGCCAGAGCUUUGCUGAUCCAAAGCCAGGAGCUUCUUCCAGGUCUCCUACGCAGGUGCAGGGGCCCAAGGAGUUGAGCCAUCAUCUUCUGCUUUUUCAGGCCACAGCAGAGAGCUGGAUCAGAAGAGCAGCAGUUGGGACUCAAACUGACGCCCAUAUGGGAUGCCAGUGCUGCAGGCUGGCGCUUUAACCCACUGUGCCACAGCACUGGCCCCUCCUAUGUUUUCUUCUAACCAUGUUAUAGUUUUAGCUUGAAUCUAGAUAUAAUCCUUUUAAAAUUGAGUUUUGGGGGCCAGUGCUAUAGUGUAGUAGGGUAAGCCUCCACCUGCAGCACCAGCAUCCUACAUGGGCACUGGUUCGUGUUGCAGCUGAUCUUCUUCCUUUCCAGUUCACUACUAUAGCCUGGGAAAGCAGCAGUCAAAGGCCCAAGUGCUUGGGCCCCUGCACCUGGGUGGGAGGCCUGGAAGAACCUCCUGGCUUCAGAUCAGCUCAUCUCCUGCCACUGUGGCCACUUGAGGAGUGAACCAGUGGGUGGAAGACCUUUCUCUCUCUCUCUCUCUGUAACUCUACCUCUCAAAUAAAUACAUUUUUAAAAAUAUUUAUUUGAAGGGCAGAGUUAGAGGCAGAGAGAAAGGUUUUCCAUCCACUGGUUCACUUCCCAAAUGGCUGGAGCUAUGCCGAUCCGAAGCUGGGAGCACCUUCCGGGUCUCUCACACAGGUACAGGGGUCCAAGGACUUGGGGUAUUUUCCACUGCGUUCCUAGGCCAUAGCAGAGAGCUGGAUCAGAAGUGGAACAGCCAGGACUUGACCCAGCGCCCACAGGGGAGGCCAGCACUGCAGGCAAAGGCUUUACCUGCUACACCACAGCAGUGGCCCCAGUAAAUAAAAAUCUUCUUAAAAUUUUUAAAAAUUAAGUUUUGUAUAAGGUGCGGGGUUUAGGUCAAGACUCAUUGCGUGUAGACUCCCUGAUGAACAUCCAACAACAGCAGCCUCCUCUGUUCAGAGGUCUCUCCACUCUUGAAUUGUCUCGGCUCCGUUGUCAAAGAGUGGUCCUACAGAUCUUUGGGUCUGUUUCUUCCUUCCAACAACCACAGUCUUCAUUAUCAUCACUUCCUAGUUAUUCUUGAAAUAAGGAGGUUUGAGUUCCCAGACUACAUUCCCUAGGUCUGGUGCCUUCCACACCAGUUUGUCAAUAUCUAUAAAAGAUCUUGCUGGAAUGUUGACUGGGACUGAAAUGAAUCUGUAGGCCAAUCUUAUCUAGUUGAUUUCUUAAUAAUAUUGAGUCUUUCAAUCCAUGAAUAUGGAGUGGUCCUCCAUCUGUUUGGAUGUUAGAAUUAGAAUGAUUUCUUCUUUAAAUAUUUGGUAGAUUUCAGACUGACAUUCAGAUCCCAAUGUAAAAUCUUUAACUCAUCUUCAGUGAUUGCCUUAGGGUUUGCAAUAUAGAUUUUAAAGACUCUAAACCCCGCUCCAGGUAGAAUUUACCAGAGAUUCUGCAGGGACCUGUAACACUGCCCCCUCCGUCCUCCCUUCUGACCCUACGACCUUGCUGUCCCUCAUUUCACUUGCCUAUCUGGUUUGAUCACACAGUGCACCGCUAUUAUAAAGUUAUUUUUGGACCAAGAAUUUAAAAAGGUUGCACUUCCAUUUCUCCUCUGAUCCUCCUCCAUCCUUCAUGUCAUGUCAAUCCAUGUCCCGACUGCACCACUUUCCUGGAAAGCAGGGUCUGCUGGCCGACGACUUCCCUCAGGUUUGGUUUGAGACAGUCUGAAUUCCCCGUCCCUUUUAAAGGAGAAUCUUGCUGUCAUACCUUGUGCAUUUUUUUUCUUUCAAAAAUUUUAACAUUUCACUCCUUUUUGCUUGCACAGCUUCUGGCUCAAAGUCCAUUUUAAUUCCUAUUUUUGCUCGUCUAUAGGCAAGAUGUUAUUUUUUUCCUCAUUUCAGAAUCACCAUUUUAACAUAGGGCAUCCUGCACAGCAUUCUCCGAGUUCCUGGGUCUGCAGUUUGGUGUCUUAAUUUGGAAAAUUCUCAGUCAUGAUUAUUUCAAGUAUUUCUUCUGCCUUUAUUCUUUUUCUGAUAUCCCAAUCACACGCACACAGCAUCUUUCAUAGUUGUCUCGCGGGUCUUUAUGUCCUUUUUUCUUUUUCCCUUUUCUUCCGCUUUGCAUUUAUUUUUGGGAAGCUCCUAUCAACCUAUCCUCAAGCUCACUGAAUAUUCCUUCCACUCUGUUUACUCCACUGACCAGCCUGUCAAGGGCAUUUUCCAUUUCUGUUGAAGGGUUUUGGUUUCUAGCAUCUCAUUUUGAUUCUCUGAUUUCCCAUCUCUCUACUUACAUUACCCAUCUGUCUGGCAUAUUGUGUACUUUGUCCAUUAUAGCUCUUAGCAUAUUAGUCAUCAUUUUAAAUUUCCCAAUUGCAACAUCUGUGUCAUAUGUAAAUAUGGUUUUGAUGUUUGUUAGAUUUCUUCUUGCCUUUUGGUUUGCUUUUUUAAAAAACUGUUUUUGUUAAAAGCUAGUAAACAUUUUUGUACUGAGUAUCAGGAACUGAAGUAAAUGAGGGUUUAGGGUGAAGACU